AUGUUCAACGACGUCAGAUCCUUUUACAAAAAUAAGAAUAUUUUAUUGACCGGUGGGACCGGAUUUCUAGGUAAACUGAUCAUAGAGAAGCUGUUGAGAACGUGCGAUGUAGAAGGUGUAUAUUUAAUUGUAAAAUCCAAAAAAGGCUUAACACCCGAAGAAAGAAUAAAAAAUCUUAUUGACGAACCUGUAAUGGCUAAAGUGAGAGAGAAAGAUCCAGAAAAAUUGAAAAAAAUUCAUGUUAUUGAUGGUAAUUUAACAAAAAAAGAUCUAGGACUUAGUGUUGAAAACAAAGAAAUUAUUUUAAAUAAGGUGAAUAUAGUUUUCCAUUGCGGAGCUUCGUUAAAUAUGGAUUUGAAGCUUCAAGAAUCCGUUAUCACGAAUGUUAGAGGCACCAUGGAGAUCGUGAAUAUAGUGAAUCAAAGUAAACAUAUUCAUUCGUUUAUAUUAGUAUCAACAGCUUAUUCUAAUUGUUAUGAACACGUGAUAGAAGAAAAGUUUUAUGAACCGCCCAUUAAUCCUGAAUUACUUAUUAGAAUGUGCGAGGAAAUCGAUCCGGAUAUGCUGUCUAAUAUAAGUUUGGGAUUAAUUGGAAAAUGGCAGAAUUCUUAUGUAUUUACCAAAUCAGUUGCUGAGAAUAUUGUAUUUCUUCAUGGUAGAAAGAUACCUGCAGGGGUGUUUAGACCGGCCAUUGUGACCUCUACCGUCGCCGAACCUUUACCAGGAUGGUCGGAUAACUUGUAUGGUCCGCUUGGUAUAUUACUUGCUUCCCACUGUGGUAUUUUGAGGGUAAUCAAAGCUAAUGGUAACUUGAGAAACCAUACUGUUCCAGGUGAUAUGUGUAUCAAUGCGAUACUGUGUUUUGCAUGGGACUUGUUCAAUAAGUGGGAAACCUCUAAAGAAAACUAUACACCUUCAGUAUUGAAUUUUUCUGCUAAAGAUACUAAGCUAUACAUAACCAGUAAAGAGUUCGUGGACUGCAAAAAUAUAGAUUAUUUGCCAUUCAAAAAGACGAUGUGGUACCAAAUAUUAUUUUUAGUUAAAAGUAAAUAUAACUACUUUUUAUUGAAAUUCCUAGUACACUCCAUACCUGCCUAUCUUAUCGAUAUGGUAUUAAAGAUUUCAUCCAGGAAGACAAGAAUGAAAAGUAUAUACGCCAAAAUUGAAAAAACUUCAGAUAUUUUAAGUUAUUUUCUCCUACACGAAUGGGAUAUUCACAACGAAAACAUGAAACUUCUAUGGCAAAAACUGAAUUCGGAUGAUAAAGAGACCUUCAAUUUCGACGUAAAUUCCAUCGAAGUGAAUGUAUAUCUUAAAAAUGUCCUCAUAGGAUUAAAAAAAUAUAUUUUGAAGGAAGACAUGACGAAAUCAAAAUUACAUAAACAGAGAUAUGAAAGGUUAACAGUCGUCCAUAAAACCAUAAAAUACUCCUUCUAUGGUCUAGUUAGUAUACUUAUGUACCGGAGUUUGACGAGAUUUGUUUUAAAGAAGAAUCGUGUAUGAAACUUGGUAGUAAAAUGUACCAAAAUACGUUGUUAGUUACAUAACAAAUCAAAAUUUAAAUAUAAAACUGGAAUCUUCAAAAUAAUACCUUUAAUAUUGAUAGGUUAUGUUAUCAAUUAAUAUAAAAUCC